UUAUGCAACAGCAAAGCACAAUGAUUGUUUGACAGAUUUUUAAAUUUUGGCGGUAAUGUCAACUGAAUUUUAAAAGUUGAUAAACGCAACUAACAAUAAUGUUUGGUGAUAAUUGCGGCGAUGAUAUUCAAAACGUUGUUUUAGAUAUUGAAGAAGAUGUAUGCAGAAACCAACAAGCUUUGGGUAAUGAAGACGAAAUAUUACACUCCAAUGAAAUUGAAGACCUCAUCAGUAACAUUAAUGUUAAUAUUAGUGAUUUAGACACAUUAUCUGGAACAUUAUCAGCCUCAGAUUUUUUAAAUGAUUUGGAAACUCAAAGUUCUCACAGCAGUUCACUGAUAAAUGUUGAAUCGGACGAAAUUGAGGAAGAUAUCGAAAGCAAAAAUAAAAGGGAAAUUGCAGUAGAUAAUUUAGCUGAAGUGUUGGAAAAUCUGCAAAUAUCCUCUCAGGAGCCCUGGCCCAAGGACGUCAAAUUCUUCCAACCCUACGAAAUCGAGCAGAUUUUACUACCCGACAAUGCCAACUGCUUGGCAGUACAAGCUUUUCUCAAAAUGUGCAAUUUGGAUUUUCAAGUCGAACCACGAGCAAACGCUGAAGCGAUGUCUCCAUCUGGAAAAGUCCCGUUUAUUAAAGCGGGGGCUUUUGUGGUGUCCGAACUCGAACCUAUCGUGCAGUUUGUUAACAAUAAAGGAAUUUCGUUGACUGACAAAUUAGAUCCUGAAAUGAAAUCAGACAUGAGAGCCUACAUGAGUUUGGUACACAACGUUAUGGAAGUUGCUGAAUUGUAUAUAUGCUGGUGCGACAAAGAGACUUAUAAUGAAGUCACUAGUGUGAGAUAUGGCUCCAUUUAUCCAUGGCCAUUGAAUCAUAUUCAAAAUAGAGUGAAGAGGGCUCAGGUGAUAAAAAAAUUGAAGGUUUUGGGGUGGUAUCAAAAAUCCAUAUCGGAAGUUUUUCAAGAGGUUGAGAAUUGUUGUCAGGCUCUUACAGACAGACUUGAGGACAAAGAUUUUUUCUUUGGUGACAAACCAACUGAACUUGACGCUUUAGUAUUUGGCCACCUUUUUACAAUUUUGACGACUCCCUUGCCAAAUAGCCAUAUUGCCAACAUUGUGAGGAAUUAUCCAAUUCUUAUUAACCUGAUCCAAAGGAUUGAGAGAGACUACUUUAAAAGAGAGACAAAACACUAGUCAUACAAAUAAAACACAGUUUAUUAUUUUUAUAUUUAUUUACUGUUAAAUUCAGAUAAAUGUAGUUAUCGAGAUAUUAAAGCACCUUUCAGUUAAUAA